CAAUUUCAGUACUCAUUCAGAAGUCAAAGCAUUCGAUCGUUAAUUCGUUCCACAAUUUCCAUUCGCAAUAUAUACAAUUGAUUUUAUUGUUGUACUUGAAGAGACGACGGAUUCUUAGUACUCGUUAGUUAAAACACCAACAAGACGUGCACAACAAGUCAGUUUCUCAGUCGGAGUGUGUAGGAAAGAGCCUUACAGCAAAACAGUGGAAAAACUUGGGAAUCAAAAUAAAACUAUAAACUGGUAUUCCCAAACAGCCUGUAACUCAGUCAGCUCUUAUCGCACACAACAACGAACAUUAAUUGCCUGAACGUCGAGACGUUCAUUCGGGUUUUACAGUUUUGGCAUGUUUUUCUCAAAUUCGCACGAUUUUAAUUUGGAACUACUGUAGUCGAUUUGUAUGUUUGUGUGUCCGUUUGAUUGUGUGUUGUCAACAAAACAAUUAAAAUUCUUGAUAUCUACGAGUCGAUUUUGAAACCGGCAAUGAAAAGUUAAUAAAAAAAAAAAUUGAAGAAAAAAUCACAAAAAUAAAAGCGCACACGGAUAUCGAGAACAAAAAUAACGACAGGACAGUGGACAGACGACGUCGUGCAAACGUAGCAAACGACGCAAGCAGCAGCAGCAGCGGCGCAGUUUACAAAUCAGUGUUAGCCUACGCCGACUCGAGCUUUUAAAUGAAAGUGAUUCUGUGCUGAACUGUCAGUCAGAAUAGUCUUGAAGCGUAAACAGAGGUGUCGGAUUGAGCUGCGCAAACAAAACAAAACGCAUUGACGUGCAUUUAGGCGAAAAUAUUCAAAACGCCAUUGAACGGUUCAAACAUCACGGCAUGAAGUGAAGUUCAAAAAUAAUUGAUUUCGUCACGAAAUGUUGACAAACUACAAAUUUUAAUUGAAAACGCCCGGAAUUUCGUUUAAGCUCAAAGCGCAUAAACUUUUUCAAGUACAAUCACAGUAACGGUGUAAGAAAACUCUUAAGGUGGCGAUCUUUAAGUGCAUUGUUAUCCUGAAGUACUAAGCUCAAGAUAACGCUAACCAAUCAACCUAUCCACAGCGAAAUCACCUACGACAACAAAAACAAAAAUAUACACAAUAAAUAAACAACAACAAAAGUGCACAACGGAAAGCUAAAAGUCUAGUUAUAGCAACAAAUGAGAGCAAAAAAACAAAUAGCUGUGAAAAGUAAAAUUUCCAUAUAAAAAAUUGAACUUCAAACGUCAACAAAGUCAACGGUCAGCCAACAGCGUGUACCGAAGAGCGGUGAAUAGCAAGGAAAGGCAAAACGUAACCCCCUAGUUAUUGUGGUAGUGGAAAAAAUUUGUAAAACAAAGUAAUCAAAGUUGUAUGCACUAAGCAACAAUCACCAACACAGAACGGCAAUAGCAACAACCACGGCAGUAGAACAGCAGGAGCAACGGUUUUCCGACACGGCUUAUAGACUAGCACAACUAGCAAUACACAGUUAGCACAAUGGCCUUAAUUAUGAAAUACAUUGACAGUAUGCAGAGAUAUAUGGACUCACAUGGCGAUUCAAGGACAAAGGAUUGGCCUAUGAUGUCAUCACCAUUCCCCACAUUAGCAGUUUGCCUCACAUAUGUUUACUUAGUUAAGGUGCUUGGCCCACGAUUAAUGGAGAAUCGUAAACCAUUCCGGUUACAAAACACAUUGAUAAUUUAUAAUGCUGCACAAGUGAUAUUUAGUGCAUGGCUGUUUUAUGAGAUAGCAUUUUCCGGUUGGCUAACGGGGCAUUAUAACUUCCGAUGUCAGCCAGUCGAUUAUAGUAAUAGCCCUAGAACAUUAAGGAUGGUGCAUGCGUGUUGGUGGUACUACUUCUCCAAAUUCACCGAGUUCAUGGAUACGAUCUUCUUUGUGCUGCGUAAAAAGACGAGCCAGGUAACGACGCUGCAUGUCAUACAUCACGGCUGCAUGCCAAUGUCUGUCUGGUUUGGUGUCAAGUUCACACCAGGUGGUCACAGCACUUUCUUCGGUCUGCUCAACACAUUCGUACACAUCGUUAUGUAUACGUACUAUAUGUUCUCGGCCAUGGGUCCGCAAUAUCAGAAAUAUUUGUGGUGGAAGAAAUAUCUGACCACAUUACAGAUGGUUCAAUUUGUGCUGAUCAUGGUGCACGCUUUCCAAUUGCUCUUCAUCGAUUGCAAUUAUCCAAAGGCGUUUGUUUGGUGGAUCGGCAUGCAUGCUGUGAUGUUCUUCUUCUUGUUCAAUGAAUUCUACAAGAACGCCUAUAAGGGACGUCGCAUGAAGCACAAGAAUUUAUUGAUGUUCAUUUUGCAGCGCAAAGAUAAGGACUAUGAUGUGGACGUGCAGCAGCCAAUCAGCGACAAAGCAGAGGAAGAGCAGCGGACAUUACUUGCGAACGGCCAUAUAGCCGGCAAUGGCGUCAUCAGCAACGGCAGCAUGCCAAAUGGUUAUCCAAAGAAUGGCUAUAAAACAUCGCCACUGAUCAACGGUAAUGGCGCCACUCUGAAUGGCAGCAUCAAAACAUCAACGCUGGCGAACGGUGGCAGCAGCACGGGGCAUAAGAAUGGCGAUGUGCCACUGCUGGCGAAUGGCUAUACCGCCAAAUUGGCGGCUGGUGGUGAUGGCAAUGCCAAAGUGCAGCUGACACAACGGAAAGUACCACAACAACAAAAAUAAUAUAGGGCCACAGGCACAGCGGCGCUGCCGGUGGCAAAUGCAGCGGUGACGCCUAGGGCGACGGAUACGGCGACGCCAGCGGCAGCAGCGACUGUAGCAUUUAAGCCAACAACUACAAAAAAAGCUAAGAAAACACAAAAACAAAAACACCACAAAACAAAAAAGCAUAACACAUAAAAAACACAAACAAAUUAAAAACAAAGCAAAAACAAAAACAAAAAAGGGGGAAGAAAAAAUCACAAAAAAAAAUCAAAAAUAAAGCAAGAAAAAUAUAAGUUUCUAAUUAAUUAAUUACAUAAUUAAAUAAUAGUUGUUACAAAAAGAAAUUUAAUUUAAAAACUAAUGAGCGAAGGAAAUGAGAAACACAGAAAUAACAAAACAAACAUAAAAAGGCAAACAAAACCGUGCAAAAGUAGAAAAAGUUAAUGAGCAUUAAUUUUUUUAUUAUCUUAUAUACACACAGACACACACAUAUACAUAUAUAUACAUGCAUCAAAAUCAAUUUAUAAAUUUAUACACCAUCAACACACACAUUGGAAACACAUACUUACUUCAUAUAUAUGCAUGUAUACAAGCCAUAAAUGCGCAUUACAUACGCAUGCGCUUAUUUAGUAAGAGCAACAAGAAAUGCGCAGCUAAGUAAAUUUUUUUAGCAACAUGCCGCCAAGAAAUUGUUGCUAAGCUCUAGUUAGCGCUGUGUGAUUUGCGGCUGAAUUUAAAUUGUAUAUUCUAUGUUAUGAAAAUUUAUAUUUAUUAUUCUUCAAAAAUAUUUAUUUCUUGUUAAAUAAAAAUAAUAUAUAAAUUUGAAAUUCAAAAACGUAAGUUGACAUUUUUUAAUGUUGCUAAACAUAUUUAAGCAUUCAAAUUUGCUAAAAAAAAAAAUCGAAAGGCUAAUUAAAAAAAAAAAUAUUUAAAAAAUAAAUUGAAUAAAAAAUCAAAUUAUUUUUUAAUGUUGCCCAAAAAUGUUGUGUAACAUAAUUUAAGCAUUCAAAUUUGCUGAAAAUAAAAUCCGAAUGUUAAUUUAAAAAAAAAAUUGCUUAAAAAAUAAAUUAAAUAAAAUGUAAACCUAAUUAUUUUUUAAUGUUGCCCAACAAUGUUGCUAAACAUAAUUUAAAUAAUGUUGCUAAACAUAACCUCCACAAAUUUGCUAUUCAUAAAUUCCACAAAAUAAAUCAUAUAAAUACAAAAACAUCAAUUUAAAAAAUUCAAUUUUUUCCAAUGUUGCCAAGCAAUGUUGCUCAACAUAAUUUAAACUUUUAUAUUACUAAAUAUUGAAAAUUUAAAAAUAUCAAUUUAAGAAUGUGAAAUCAAAUUUUUCUAAUUUAAUAGUAUAAAUAAAUUUUGUUUUCGAAAUUAAUUUACACAAAUGUUGCGGGCAAAUAUGUGUAUCAUAAAUGUUGCUGUAAAUAUUUUCUUUUUACUUCAAAUGCUUUUGUUGUUCAACACUUUUGUUGCCAACCAUAUUGUUUUCAACUUUAUGCGCUUAAACAAACUUAACUAUUAUAAAAAAUUCGUUUACAAUUGAAAUUCGA